AUAAGGGAGAUAACUGCUACUGAGAGUACUCGGAUCUGCGUAGGUUGUCGAAACAUUCAACUGGUCUGCUGAGAUAGAAUUACGGUUCUUAAAACGCCGAUGCCUGUAUGUUGUAACACGAUAGCCAAGGAAGUUUACAUCCCCAGUAGCCAUGUAGUAUGUUGGAUGGAGAAUUAUUGAUCGGAGGAAGUUGUGGACUCCUGAGAUCGAGAGAACCGACGAGACUGUGGAUCACGUGACACGGUAAGUACAGCGUGUAGGAGUCUCCACCAGGUCUCUGUCACAAUGGCCACAGAUCUGAAGGGUGAAUUGACCUGUCCAAUAUGCAUGGAGCUUUUUCAAAGGCCGUUGAGGUUACCGUGUGGCCAUUCCUACUGCAGAAACUGUCUACAAGCCUUUAUCGGUCAGCAGUCUCAGAAAGACGUUGUCACUGGUCACCACAGACCGGUUAAUUGUCCAGAAUGUCGGCACAUGUUGGACGCCACCUCAGAGGGCGCUGACGCGUUUCCGGUGGACUUCAAACUCUCCAAGUUGGUAGAUGUCUACAAGAAAAUGCAGGACUUUGAGAAUCAGAACGAGCUUAAAAACAAAGAACCACCUGACGAAAAUCCGGAAGACGAGGCAACAAAGAACCAAGAGGAGGAGCUCCUGGGAGCAUGUGGAUACACACCAAUAGCUGGUGAACUUCCGGUGCCGGAGGGUCUCAAAGACUCCUCGGACAUCGGAAAGGAGGACGUUUGUGACGAUGUGGAAAGGGACAUGAGUGAACGGACCAAGCAAAAAGCAGUGUACGGUAGUGAUUCGGACGCAGACAGUGAAAAGGAGCUUUCAGACGAUAGUGAGAAUGCCAGUGUGCCCAAGAGAAGAAAACGAAGGAAUAAGGUGAUACGAUUCUUCGCCUCGCUCCUCUCACUUUCUUCCUCUGAUGGAGAAUAUGACCUCAGGGAGGCCUCCUCUUCUUCCUCUGAUAUUGACACAUCACGACCUGUGAGAGAUUGCAAACCGGCCACUAAAGAAGUCCCAAAGCGUAGGAAUCGCUGGGGUUUUCUGACGUCUUCGUCAUCAGAAUCUGAUCAUCACGUGGCAUCCAGUUCUGAUGACCAGGCACACAACGAACCGCCUGUCCGGCGGAGACCAGCGAAGAAACCUAACAGUGUGAUGUCAACGAUUCAAAAACGACUGAAACCAAGUUCAUCUGACAACGAAUAAUCACAGUUUACCAACGACCCCAAAAGAAUUCUUGUCCAAACGGAAUUUCAUUGUUUUGCAUAAUGUCUUCGUUACGGACAGCAUAGCGAUUUUUACAUUUGAUUUAAGAUUUCCAAGGCGACUUACUCAACUUAUUGACCUCCUCUUGACCUUACAUAUUUUCCAGGCUACUUGUUGUUACAUUUAGUCUUGCGUAAAUACUGAAAAAAAUACGAGCGGGUGGAUGGAGUGAUAUUAGACAUAUUGACGUGCGUGUGUGUGUGGUUGCUGGUGCUUGUCUUAACGAUAGGCUUUAUAGUGACAGCCCGCCUUGACGCCAUGCUAACGUGGUUAACAUGUCUGAUGCCCCAAGCCUGCCAGUCCUUGCCUAAUCCGCCUUAUAGAUGACGAACGCAAUGCAAGUUAACAAUAAGUACCUUCAAAUAACGGUAUAACUGGCAAUAUUAGAUCAGUCCAUUGAACCACGUUUCGAAAUCCUGAGAUAGUCCCAGAUAA